UCGGAGGCGGGGCAGGUGGGGGCGGGCCCAGGUAGCAGGUUCGGCUGCGCGGGGGCCCGCGCGACUGAGGCACUUUGAAUUGCUGUCUUUUUACAGCAUGGAUACCAGGUUGCUAAAAUCUUGCUUUGGGACUUACAGUGAGUUCGUUUUUUUGGAUUUUAUGACAGAUUUACUAGUGGUUCCUUUUUACCAGUUAAUGUUCUGAAAGUUACUGUCACAAUGAGCUCAGGCCUGUGGAGCCAAGAGAAAGUUACUUCACCCUACUGGGAAGAACGGAUUUUUUAUCUGCUUCUUCAAGAAUGCACUGUAACAGACAAACAAACACAGAAGCUCCUGAAAGUACCCAAAGGAAGUAUAGGACAGUACAUUCAAGACCGUUCUAUGGGGCAUUCAAGAGUUCCUUCUGCAAAAGGCAAGAAAAAUCAGAUUGGAUUAAAAAUCUUAGAGCAACCGCAUGCAGUUCUGUUUGUUGAUGAAAAGGAUGUUGUAGAAAUAAAUGAAAAAUUCACAGAGUUAUUGUUGGCGAUUACCAACUGUGAGGAGAGGCUCAGCCUAUUUAGAAACAGACUCCGACUAAGUAAAGGCCUCCAGGUAGACGUGGGCAGUCCUGUGAAAGUACAGCUGCGAUCUGGGGAAGAGAAAUUUCCAGGAGUUGUACGCUUCAGAGGACCUUUAUUAGCAGAGAGGACAGUGUCGGGGAUUUUCUUUGGAGUAGAAUUACUGGAAGAAGGUCGUGGUCAAGGUUUCACUGAUGGGGUAUAUCAAGGAAAGCAGCUUUUCCAGUGUGAUGAAGACUGUGGCGUGUUUGUUGCAUUGGACAAACUGGAACUUAUAGAAGAUGAUGACAAUGGAUUGGAAAGUGAUUUUGCAGGUCCAGGAGAUACAAUGCAGGCUGAACCUCCCCCUUUGGAAAUAAACUCCAGAGUUUCUUUGAAGGUUGGAGAAAGUAUAGAAUCUGGAACAGUAAUAUUCUGUGAUGUUUUACCAGGAAAAGAGAGUCUAGGAUAUUUUGUUGGUGUGGACAUGGAUAACCCAAUUGGCAACUGGGAUGGAAGAUUUGAUGGAGUACAGCUUUGUAGUUUUGCAAGUGUUGAAAGUACAAUUCUCCUGCAUAUCAAUGACAUCAUCCCAGAGAGCGUGACACAGGAAAGGAGGCCUCCCAAACUUGCCUUUAUGUCAAGAGGUGUAGGUGACAAAGGUUCAUCUAGUCAUAAUAAACCAAAGGUUACAGGAUCUACCUCAGACCCUGGAAGUAGAAACAGAUCUGAAUUAUUUUAUACCUUAAAUGGGUCAUCUGUUGACUCACAACAAUCUAAGUCCAAAAAUCCAUGGUACAUUGAUGAAGUUGCAGAAGACCCUGCAAAGUCACUUACAGAGAUGUCUUCAGACUUCGGACAUUCAUCAUCUCCACCGCAACCUCCUUCCAUGAACUCCUUGUCUAGCGAAAACAGAUUUCACUCCUUACCCUUCAGCCUGACAAAGAUGCCCAGUACUAAUGGCAGCAUGGCUCAUAGUCCACUCUCCCUGUCAGUGCAGUCUGUGAUGGGGGAGCUGAACAGCACGCCUGUGCAGGAGAGUCCACCCUUGCCCAUCUCUUCUGGGAAUGCACACGGGUUAGAGGUGGGCUCACUGGCUGAAGUAAAAGAGAACCCCCCGUUCUAUGGGGUUAUCCGUUGGAUUGGUCAGCCACCAGGGCUCAGUGACGUGCUAGCUGGACUGGAACUGGAAGAUGAAUGCGCAGGCUGUACAGAUGGAACUUUCAGGGGCACACGCUAUUUCACCUGUGCCCUGAAGAAGGCACUAUUUGUGAAACUGAAGAGCUGCAGACCCGACUCUAGGUUUGCGUCCUUGCAGCCUGUUUCCAAUCAGAUUGAAAGGUGUAACUCUUUAGCAUUUGGGGGCUACUUAAGUGAAGUAGUAGAAGAAAAUACUCCACCUAAAAUGGAAAAGGAAGGUUUAGAGAUAAUGAUUGGAAAGAAGAAAGGCAUCCAGGGUCAUUACAAUUCUUGUUACUUAGACUCAACUUUAUUCUGCUUAUUUGCUUUUAGUUCUGCCCUGGACACUGUGUUACUUAGACCCAAAGAGAAGAACGACGUGGAGUAUUACAGUGAGACUCAGGAGCUGCUGAGGACAGAGAUAGUCAAUCCUCUGAGAAUAUAUGGAUAUGUGUGUGCCACAAAGAUUAUGAAACUGAGGAAAAUACUUGAAAAAGUUGAGGCGGCAUCAGGAUUUACCUCUGAAGAAAAAGAUCCUGAAGAAUUUCUAAAUAUUCUGUUUCAUGAUAUUUUAAGGGUUGAACCACUGUUAAAAAUAAGGUCAGCAGGUCAAAAAGUUCAAGACUGUAACUUCUAUCAAAUUUUUAUGGAAAAAAAUGAGAAUGUUGGAGUACCCACAAUUCAGCAGUUAUUAGAAUGGUCUUUUAUCAGCAGCAACCUGAAAUUUGCAGAGGCACCAUCAUGCUUGAUUAUCCAGAUGCCUCGGUUUGGAAAAGACUUUAAACUGUUUAAAAAAAUUUUUCCUUCCCUGGAAUUAAAUAUAACAGAUUUACUUGAAGACACUCCCAGGCAAUGCCGCAUCUGUGGAGGACUUGCGAUGUAUGAGUGUAGAGAGUGCUAUGAUGACCCGGACAUCUCAGCAGGGAAGAUCAAGCAGUUCUGUAAGACCUGCAGCACUCAGGUUCACCUUCAUCCCAGGAGGUUGAAUCAUACUUACCAUCCAGUAUCACUUCCCAAAGACUUGCCUGACUGGGACUGGAGACAUGGCUGCAUCCCCUGUCAGAAGAUGGAGUUAUUUGCUGUUCUCUGCAUAGAAACGAGCCACUAUGUUGCUUUUGUGAAGUAUGGGAAGGAUGACUCUGCCUGGCUCUUCUUUGACAGCAUGGCUGAUCGAGAUGGUGGUCAGAAUGGCUUCAACAUUCCACAAGUGACACCCUGCCCAGAAGUGGGAGAGUACUUGAAGAUGUCUCUAGAGGACCUGCACUCUUUGGACUCCAGAAGGAUUCAAGGCUGUGCGCGCAGACUUCUUUGCGAUGCAUACAUGUGCAUGUACCAGAGUCCAACCAUGAGCUUGUACAAAUAACCAGGUCAUCUGAAGUAGGCAGAGACCAAGCACAAACCUUAGUGCUGUGUCUUCCUCCAGCUGGCGGUUCUGUCCGGCGCCCAUUGCCGGCAAUGGGUGUCUCUUGUGAUGAUGGCCCUUCAGCAAAGGAUUCCUGUGUUUCCAAACAAAUUGCUUUUGUGUUCCUGAAGUAUUUAAUAAGAAGCAUUUUGCACUCUAGGAAGUAAUGUUUGUGUUGAUUUUUUAAGAAGUCUAAAUGAAGUUAUUAAUAUCUGAAACUUUAAGUUAACUGCAUUGAUGAUACGAUAUUUUUUGAAGCAUACAAUUUUAAUUGUGAUGUCUAAAACCUCUUUUAGUCCGUUGAGGAUGUAAAUAAAUAUUUCUUCUUAUGGACCAAGGAUAUUAAAUCAUUUUUCUUUUGUAGCUAAUGAUUGCCUUGAGAAAGACAUAAUAUGGUUUUAUUAAGAGUCUACCUUUAUUCCAGUUGUUGAAGGUGUGCUGAGUUUAAUUGUUAAUUUUUCUAUAUAGUGCUGAUUUCUUGCAUGUCUGUACUUUGCUGAGUUUCUGUGCUCCUGCAGCAGUGGUCAGAACAUGCUGAAAUUCCUUUCAUGGAGUUAUUUUUUUAUUCUGGUUUUGAGAUAAAUAAGUGACUGUCAUAAAAUGUCCAUUUUUUAUGUGUUCUUGAAGGAUUAGGCUACAAAACAAGCAUCUUAGUCACAGUAACAACUGCUACUGAACAGGUUUUCUAUAGGGGCUCCUAAGUAUGGGAUGAGAUGCAGUGGUUUCUGAAAUGACUGAAUCAUAAGUAAGUUACAUAUUCUUGGAUAUACAGUCCAGAGAAAGUAAAGCUGGCUCAGAGAUAGUACCAACAUUUCCCUGAAAAAAAUGUGUUAGAUAUUUAAAACUUUCAUCUCAAAUAAAUUAUUUUAUUUUUAGUUUAAGUGAUUUUCUCUUAAUUUAAAUAAGACUUUUUUUUGUUUGACCGAAGAACCUUCUUGUACUCCCUGACGGUCAGUUUGUUGUGACUUGAUACAAUGACAACCACAUCAGCAUGUUACUGCAGUGUCAGUGACGGCUUCAUCCGGAUGGAAGAAGGAAAGAAUGGAUGUCAUCUUAGGACUGCUUGUAGUGUAUGUAUAGACCCUAGUGGCACUGUAGAGUGCUCGUUGUCUGAGUGUUGUUUUGUGGUGUGGCUGUCUCUCUGAAUAAUGUCAACCUUACAGAAAGAGAAGGUGUUAUAUGUGUAGCAUAUGGCUUUAUAAAAGAUUUAAUGUCAAAAGAGUCUAUAAAUAUUGCUGUUAUUUUUAAAGGCACUUUACUCCUUGGUUUUUAUUAUUCCAUUUUGCUGGUGUGUAUUAGCUUUAUAAAUCACAAUGCACAAAACUCUUUCAUCUUGUCAUUGUUGUACUUUUGCACUGGAAAAGUGCGUAUAUUGUGCACAGACUUUUAUAUAGCUGAGUGCCUAGACUGGGUGGUGAGGCCAUGACUAGACAGCAGCAAAGACCUCCAGCUAUGGCUGGCCUUGCCUGCAUCAUCUUGAACAUCUUGGAACAGAUGAGAAUGGUGCGCACAGGGUCUGGGCUUGCAGACUGACCAGAAUUCAGUUACCCUGUAAUAAGUACAUACUUAAUGAGUCUUUAGUGCGACUUUGAAAGGCUUAACUGAGAAAUGAUCAGGACUGUGUAUAUAGGCAAGCCUGGCUUAACAGUGAAGGGGAGGGGUGGAGGAAAGCUUUUUUUUUUUUUCAGAAAUGGAGGCAAAAUUCACAUGCAGAGACUGACUACUUGGCUUUCAGAGCAGAGGACUCAAAGCUUGUUUGCAGCAGUUCCAAAGUUGGGGUGGCACUUUGUGAGUGAGGAGGACCAUGUCCACAGGCAAUCCCUUAGCAAGAUUGUCUCGAAAUUGCACUCUGUGUUCCUUAGCAGUAGUGGGUGGGUAGGGACACACAGUGAAGCACCCACUUUCAGUGACUGGGGAGGCCUGAGGACCACAGGCCAGCAGGAGCUUCCCCCUAACCCUGGCCUUCUUGUCCCUCUAGAUAGCCCCUCAUCAGUCCUUGUCUCAGCGGAGCCUGGCUUGCCCUGGGGCAACAGGGUGGACUGUGUGGUACAGAUGGAUUAAUUAAUUCUUUAAUUGUAACUUUUCUGUACUGUUUUUUCAUUGCCUUUUGAAAUGUUUUGAUUGUCCUUUUCCUUAUCAAGAUGUUAGUGUAGUAAGAUUGUUUUACUUACAACAUGGUUUAGAAUCCAUAGCUACAAAUAGAAAAUACAAGAAUUCUAUUUCUCUACUGUGAGGCAAAUCUGUAUGUAUGUAUGGAGAGUCAGGAGGAUGGACAAUGGGAGAGGGACGGGGCCAGGCACAUUUUAAUACAAAAGCCCCAAAGUGUCGAGCCCUUCACUGCCAGCUUCAUAGAUAGUCCAGCUCAAUUCACAAAGUAGUAUUUUGUAAGUUGGGGAAAAUGCAUUGAAAAACAGAGCGAGAUAUCUGUAUAGUGCAGCUACUGGUAGUUGCUAUUUUAUCCUCAGAGUAGCUUAGUGUUUUUAUUAUACUUUUGCCAAGUGCUUAGGAAAAUCAUUUCUUUUUGCUACAUUCUCUCUUGAGCAUAGAGGAGGACAAAGGACUGACCUCUGGAGCUUGUCAGUUUUCUGGUUGACUGAAUGUGGCAUUUUCAUAAACUUAGGAGCAGCAGCCCUCCCAACUGCAAUUUAGUAAGCAGCUAGAUAAGCUUGCAUCUGUUUGCAUCUUCCUACACUGAGAUGGGAGUGCAAAACCCAGUAUUGGCCUUGGUGAGUAACUGCCAACAAGUAUUUAUGGGACAUUUAUAAGGUGGCUAGUGUAUGGCAUGGGGUCUAUGAGACCCGGGGCCUGCUCUCAUAUGGCUUACUGCUCAGUUUCCAUACCAGAGCAUCUGUUGGUGGCUUCUUAGUCUAGGUGUGGAUGACAGGCAUGUCUGGGGACCACUUUGGGAGACAACUGAGUCUAAGCUUAGUGUAAAGGAUUAAGGGACAGUAAUCCUGGGUUCUUUCUCUAUCACUUGCUCUGUAGCAGAACAACACCACGAUUUCCUGAGCUCUGCCUUGCUCUGUCUGAUGAAGGGGUUGGAUAUGUAAUUGGAUGGGGGGCGGGGAGGAAGCAGUACAAAUUGUCAGAGUUCCAGGCCAUGCCUGAUACAUCUGAUUGCUUGAUGGAGGUAGGAAAUUUCAACUCAGAAGCUCAUUCACAGAAACCAGUGACCAUAUGGAAUCCUAAGGUUAGAAGACCCCUUCUCCUUCUGUUACUGUGGGCUCAAACAAUGCUGUUACACAUGGUACUUAUUAUCUGUAUAAGUGUGAAGAAGUGAUUACUGAUUCUGUGUUGAUCAGCAUUUAGAUAUGAGCUGAUAAAUGUGCAUUUGGUAUGUGCUCUCCACCCUCUGUUGCUGGAGGGAUUAGCAAUCACCGGCACACACGUGUCAGGAUGUUCAAUGGCUUGCACUUGGAUGUUUCCUUUCACUCUUUCUGUAGAAAUAGAGGUUCCGGGAGUCAAAGAAGUAGAAAAAAAAUCACUGAGCUGAUUUCUCUCUACUACUUAAUAAUGAAAACAUUUAAAUUCUUGGGAAUUUAAAUUUUCCCCAACCCCAACCCCUGGUAACAGGUCCUAAUAGGAUUUCCUUCUUAGAGAGGAUAGGUCCUGAGGCCUGCGAUAAAAGUCCAAGUUGGCCUUUCUUGGACUUGGUGAUUCCAGCACCAUCCCCAGCUCUUCACCAGUGAAAUAAUUCUUUAGUUCCACAAUGCAGCUGAGGUGGGUGGGGAAGAGGAUGUUCCAGUGGGAGCUAGUGGUCAGAGAUGGUUGGAGGAGGCAGAGUGCCUCUCACAGCAGAGGACCAGACUCACAGAGCCUCCAGGGCUCUGGGCAUUGGUCUUCUUGUCAAAGGUGUCAAAGUAUGGCUUCCUUUGAGGGGCUUCUCCUUGCUCCUGUGUGAGUGUCAGUCAGUUGUCUUAUUGGGUGGGAGACUUGGGUGGAGAUGUUAGGGGAGAGAUGCUUUGUCUUGUUAUAAAUUCUAGUGUUGCUAAAGGGUUUCUCUUAAGUCCAGUGAGUGCUGGAAGGUGAGAAGCCGAGCUGGCCAGUAGUGAGCGGUGGCAGCGUGGGUGAUAAGCCCUUUCUGGUGGCCUUAAAUAGUCCUCGAGUGCUGCAGGGUCCCGACCUCUGUCCUGGCGGUGCUGAUGGGUUUGCUUCAUCAUUUUCUGGCUCUCAUUCUCAUUGAGGGAAAAGGACUGUUGAAGGGACUCUCCUUCCAGGCACCACGGGCCUCACCACAAUUCCCCUGUGCUUUUAAAUGCUGUUGACUUUCAUUAGUUAGUUAUUCUAAAGGGAUUUAUACUGGAGACACAACUGUCUUUGGCUUCAUAUUAUGAAAUAGCCUUGUACUUUGGAAUGCUAACACUGAAAAGUCUCCUUCAUACCGGAAACAAUCAUUUAAAAAAAAAAAUCCCACUGGUACUCCCUAGGGAGGUGGUUAUUAUCAAGCUGACCCAAAGGAGCACAUUAUGUAUUACAUUUCCUUUUCUGGUAUCUUGUUCAGCAUUCAUUUUGCCCGCAGAACAUCCUUUUGUUUAUGAAAACAUGAACAACAUCACAUAAAGCAAUCCCUUGCCAUCAGAAUGCUCCAAUUUAGCCUUAAUUUUGUUAAACUUGGAGAGGAGUGGAGUGCUGCUGUGCAAAGAAAUGUACCAUGAAAUAUUUCUGUAUCAUUAAAGUGCGAUUUUUAUGGUU